CUCCUUCCCAUUCAAGUUAUUGGAUGUAGCAAAGAAAGAAAGCAGAGCAUCAUGUCAGGGAUCAUGGAGAAAAUAGGCGAGAAGCUCCACAUCGGAGGAGACCACAAGGGGGAGCACAAGGGCGAGCACCACGAGAAGGACAAGCACGAGCACGAGAAGGACAAGCACGAGCACGAGAAGAAGCACGGCGAGAAGUCGGAGCACCAUGGGGAAGGGCACAAGGAAGGGCUGAUGGAGAAGAUCAAGGACAAGAUCCAUGGGGGGGAUCAUCAUGAUGAGAAGGGUGAGAAGAAGAAGAAGAAGGAGAAGAAGAAGAAGGGCGAGCACCACGAGGGCGGCCACAGCAGCAGCAGCGACAGCGACAGCGACUGAUCUGAUCCUCUGUUUCUGCGUCUGUGUGUCUGUGUGUCUGUGUGUCUGUGUGUCUCUCUCUAGUUUCCUUUCAAUAACAUCAAUAUCUAAUCUUUGUGUUUCUCCGGACUUGGUAUUAUCCACUGCGCUCUAUUAUAUAAUAAAACCCUCCUCAUCUUUCUAA